CUGAGUGCCGGGCCUCCCGAGUCGAUGGGGGUGGGAGGGAAGGUGGUUCCCCGCGAGAGGAACGGGCUCUGUGAGGUCAGCGCGCCGCGGCCAGGGUCACAAUGCAGCCCGCCCCCUCGAUGCCCGGGGCGCGGCGAGCCGCAGACACCUGCCGGGCUCCGCCUGGACCGGAGCGUCCUCCCGCGGCCAGGGGUCCGGCAGCUGCUUCCAGCCUGGGACCGGCCUCGGCCUCCGGCAGAGCGCCCCGGGGCCUGGACAUGAGUGCCCAGGAGCCCCCGCAGGGUCGAAGAUUCCCCAUUGAGGCCGGAGACUCCCCUGGCCUUGCCGCCGCCCCCGAGUCCCAGGACAGCCCGGAGCCGGUGGCCACGGAGCACAACCCGGUCAGGCCGCUUCGACGCUGCCCGGGCUGCCACUGCCUGACGCUGCUGCACGUGCCCAUCGACGUCUACCUGGCCAUGGGCGGGAGCCCCCGGGCCCGCGCCACCUGAGUGCGCCUGCGCACGGCGGCUCCGCGGGAGCCGGGCGGGGACGAGGCCCGCAGCGGGCCACCACGCUGAGGUCGCGCGCGCCGAGCACGAGACAAUGAUGCACAUUUUAAAAUAAAAGAAUGAUGCACAUUUUAAUAAAGCACAGCAUAAACUGUUCUUUCCACUCCGGGCUGG